GACGUCUGUCGCAGCAAUUUUUCUUCUCUUCUUGACUACUUCCGUCCUCCAGGGAAGUACAUUGCUGUAUCGAAUUCACCGCACCGGAUCGUUAAAGCACCUAGCCCUGGACUGGUUUUGAGCUUGCGCUCCAGUCCCGCGAAGAAUUCAAAACCCUCUACACCAACUUAAAAAAGCUCAACCAAACCGUCGCAUCGACAAAUAAACCACCAGAAUGUCCGCCCGCCAGGCCUCCUCAGCCUCGCAAACCCCACACCUCUCCCCCGCCGAACUCUCUUACAUCUAUACCUCGCUCUCCCUCCCCGGCACCCCCAUCCGCCCCGACGGCCGCUCAUCAACGCAAUUCCGUCCCUUAACCGCCGAAACCGACAUCCUCCCGGGAACCAACGGUAGCGCACGCAUCGGCUUCGCAGACGGGACGCAGGCGAUCGUCGGCGUGAAAGCGGAAGUCGAGAAGACGGUUGUUGCGGCUGAUGCAUUAGAUUUGAGGAGUAUUUCGAGACAGGCGCAGGGGGAGAGUUUGGCGAGGGAAUCUGGUGAGGAGAAGGAGAGUGGUGCUGCCGGGGAGGAUGGGACUGCUACUGGGCAGGGGUCUUGGGUGCAAAUGUCGAUUGAGAUUCCCGGGUUUAGGGAUGAUGAUGCGUUGCCGGUUUUUUUGGCGGAGAUGAUGAGGGAGCCGCUUGUUGGGAGUGUUUCUGGUGGAGGUGGAAGUGGGAAGGGAGAGGAUAGUGAGAUGGCGGGUGGGUUGAAGGGGAGGUUGGUGAUUAAUCGCCGGUGGCAUUGGAGGUUGUAUAUUGAUGUCCUUCUUUUGUCGCAACCACUGUCAUACCCUCUUCCGCUACUCUCCCUUACAACACAUUUGGCACUGUUAUCAACAAAACUCCCCAAACUCAAAUCCAAAGGUGAAGAAGACCCCUUCUUCGACGACGACUGGGCCGCCGCCGAAUACCUCUACCCCCGCACCCGCACCACAAUCAACACCCCCAAACCCGCCUCCCAAAACGUCCGCCCCCCAAUCACCCUCCUCGUCCUCUCCGCCGGCGAAAACAUCAUCUUCGACCCUAGCCGCGAAGAAAUCGCCGUCGCAGACUCUGUCCUCGCCGUGUCCAUCACCCGCGAUUCCGAAUCCGGGGGCCUGAAACUGCUCUCCAUCCGCAUGGUCGAUCCGCCGUCGAGACUGACGCAACCUGGGGUUGCGAAUUCGGAGAAUGUGGCUACGUUGGGGUCUACGGAGGCGGCUGAGGAGGCGAGUUUGCAGCAUCCGAGUGUUGGGGGGGAGGAAGAGAUGGCGGGGGUUUGGAGGCCGAGACGGGGGGGUGUUAAGAGGGGGGUUAUUGCGAGGAUUGUGAAGAUGGUGUUGAAGAAGGGGGGUGUGGGGGAGGAGGUUUUGGAGGGGUUGGAGGGGGUUGAGGUGGGAUGAUCUGUUUGGUUUUGUUAGGGUAUUGUGAUUAUGCCGAGGCAGUUUGCAUUGCUUGCCAGAGAUGAUGGUUAAGCAGAAUGACUACGGGCAAGGAGCACACGCCGCGACUUUGUUACGAGGCACCAUUCUGUUCAAGAGAUGCGAUUCAAUCGUGUCACAAUAAUAGAUGCUGUAUGUACAUAAAUAAUAGUACAGAAAAGUUCAAGUCUGCUCCAUCUAAUCAUCCCCAUCUCCCAUUCGACCGACUCACUCACGAGUAAUGCGAGACCCUACAUCCCCAAACCUCAAAUCACCAAAUCCCAAACCACUUCUUAACCGGCUUCUGAUUCCCCUCC